AUGUUCAAACGCAUAUUGUCUGUCUUUUCCCCUGCACCGUCAGGAGCCAAUGUUGAAGAGGAUACUUCUGAUGACGAUAGUCGCGAAGAUGACUACAAUCAUAGAAGUAAGCGCCAGCGGAGAGAAGGCGGCUAUUUUUCAGAGUCGUCUUCUGAGCACUCGUCUCCUACGAGCGUAAUCCAACUUGCAGGAAUCCAACGGCAACGUGAUCCUCGAUCAUUUACAACAGCCCAUCGAAGCUAUAGCCGUAGUAGUAAAGCUCAACGACGCCGAAGCCGACACCGGAAUCGUCGUCCACCACUUGCAUAUAGCCGCAGCCGAUAUUGUCUAACGGACUAUGAAGCAGAAGCGGAAGAAGACGACGAAUCCUCGACUGAUGAGGAUAGCUACCGAUACGAUAUGGACAAUUCGCAUCGGAGACAACAACAAACUCCAAGGGAUUUAUCAUCGUUUCGGCAUAGGAGAGACGAACAAAGAGCUGAGCGAAAUUGGAAGAAAAAUCAUGAACACUUCUACCAUCGACAAAAGUCCCAGCGGGAACGGAGCCAUCAGCUGGUGAAUGAUAGAGGUAUCAAAUCUGAAUCUAAUUCGGACAGUCCCUCUGAAGCCUCUGAAGACAAUCGUUCUUGUGCUCGCACUCGCUUCGAAACUCCAAAUAAGAUUGUUGCCUUGUCUCAAGAAGUCAUUGGAAGGAAAGUAGAAGUCAAAGAAUCUGUGAGGUUGCAAAUGAGAUGUGCUCGUGUGGGCACAGUAACUGGGUGGAAAGACAAAAACACCGUUUGGGUCACAAGCGGUAACAAGGUUCGUACUGCACUGAGAUUGACAAGUCUGCAAUUCUUACCACCACCAUCGGAGUUUCCACCAGAUCAACAGAGCGAUGAAUCUGAUGCCAAGCCAAGAGCCAAGUCUCAGCGACAAAGUAAAUCCAAACAAUCAGAUCGUAUAAAGAAAACUUUGGAAACUGAAUCCAUUGCUGCAAUGCCUCGUUCCAACCUUGAAUCACAGCCCGAUUCACUGCAGACGAACACUAAACGACUCCAGAAGACGGCGCGCAAAACAAGUCCAGUUGCUCCUUCGACGGUGACGAAAAAGCCACCGCCGAAGCCGAGACCAAAACAGAAGCAGCAACAGAUGCUUUCUACACCUUUGCUUACUAAUGAUCCUUCGAAAGAUACCAACAGCGAGGAAGGUACAAAGUGGGUGCAUGCAAAGUCUCUAUUUUAUGAGAGUGAUAGCGAUUUAGAUGAUAUCCUUGUUUUGAACAAUGUUGACACAGGAUGCGCGGUGUUUGAUGUCGAAGCCGCCGACCCAGCUGCGGUAGAGGAAUUACGACUCAAAUCACUAGCUGUAGCAGCUACAAUGACGGGUGGCGCCGUCUCGCCAACAGCCGGUUUCGGACCAUCAGAUGUUGAAUCGUCUACAUCAGAAAAUGACGAUGCUUGGAAUUCAACAGUAGCUGCCACAAAGGUUUCUUGCACCUCGGGUCACUUUACUGCUGGGCAGAGAGUUCGGGUGAGGGGAGACUAUUCCAAGUCAUACAAACGAGGCAGACUCGGUACAAUAAUAGGGCAAAAAAAAUCAUUCAUAUUCGCUGUGGAGCUUGAUGACGGAAGAACCUUCGGCUUUCAUUGCUCAAGCCUUGAAGCUUUAGAUGGCUCAACGCCGAAGCAAUCAGUCGAACCAAGGCAACAUAGAUCCAGAAGCAAAAUCUCAAAUACUGCCAAACCUCGGAAGCAAAGUGCCGGCAAGCAAUCCAGACCGAGGAAGAAAGGAAAGGACGCGACGGUUGCCCCAUCCGCUGAGGCCCUAGAUUGGGUCGCCCCUCAAGACAUCGUUGCCAAACAAAGGUUCUGGGGGCUCAUCAAUGCGAAGAUAAUUCUGCCGCAUGAUGAAAAGGACGACCAUUGCUUUUUGAAACACAUAUUGGAGGACCAACGGCUCACGAUUGAAUUUCCCUUGAAAAACCAAGAAGUAAGUGGAGUCAGAAGAGAACUUCAGGGCACAUUUGGCCAUUAUGAAAUGGUAUCAGCGAAGAUGUUUGAGGAUAAAGCAGAAGGGUUCCUGUUCGCCAAGAAAUCAAAAUAUGCGAAAGUCGUCUAUGCUGCGGUCAAUGAUAAAUUUUCCAUCCAAGAUCGGCUGCUUCGUGUUGCUGACUUCACAACAUUGAAUCCAAGAAAGAUUGCAGCCCGUUUUGAACUGUUUCAGUCUCCCACCAAAUUGAAAAUCACUCAUCAUGACGACGCUAUGUUUCAAGAGAUACAAGAUCUUGGAUAUGUUGGUGGUGGGUUCAUCCAUGAAGACACACUGGUGAACCUGUUGAUAAUGGCAGGCAUGGGACCUGCUCCUGCCAGUAGAGCUGUAGCGAUCCAAGUCCGCAUUUUCAUUCCGUCGAUGGGCAUAUAUAAAGGCAUGCUUGUUAAGAAGCGUACCAGAAAUGGCGCUCCAAUCGAAUUACCUUGCUCAAUGCAAAAAGUACUGCCGUCGACCCGCCCAGAUAGGCUCAAAGGUGCCGAAAUUUUGAUUUGCAAGCACAAAGUACACCCUACGUCUGGCAAUGAAAUGAUUGGGAAGAAACUUGACCCUGCUGCAAAAGAUCCCUCAGAGCAAGGGUUCAAAACCAAAAUCGCAAAGCCAUUGUCACCUAUGGUUUUCCGACUUUGGGAGACACUAGGCGUUCCAACGGAUUUAUGCCAACGAUACAAAGCAGAGAGUUUGCUUCCUGAUCGUAGAAAUCAUGCAUGGCUUGUAGGUGUCCCGGACCCUACAGGUGCAUUGCCCCCUGACACCAUUUUCGUUCCAGGGAUGAAGAAGCAAGAGUCACAUGAUUUAUUUGUCACAAGACUGCCAUGCUAUGCCCGUGAGCAUGGUAGAAAGUUUCGAGCCAUAACUCAAAAGCCACGUCAGAUGUCCUCUGCAGACUGGGAAUGGUUGAACAAUCUUUAUUUUGGAGUCGUCAUAUUUUCGAACCCUCGAUUGGGUAUGAUGUCCAUCCCAGAGCGAAUCGCCAGUGGAGAUCUCGAUGGCGACCUGUACCUGGUGUGUUGGGACAAGGAAGUGGUUGACUCUAUGAUCGCACUCCCACUAGAGGAUGAGAAAGCAGAAGACGAUGGCAAGUUGUCAACCGUUGCUUCCAAUCCCAACUGGUUUCGUGAAUCACAGGAUAUAAAUGUUCAGAAACUUCGAUCGGAAAACCAUCACCUCAUUGGUUCCCUUUACAGGCUUGCCGAAAAGAAAACGGACCAAUCGGAGAAAAAGUUGGACGACCCUGACUCCCGUGCACUCUUCGAAGCCUACAACGAGGCAUUAGAGUAUCAGAAGCACGGAAGACCAAUUCGUGUGCCCAACCAUUUGAGGAAGGAACUCAAGAAAGAACUCCAUCAUCUUGUUGAAUGGAUAUAA